AUGUCUUCCUUGAUAUCAACAAAACCAACGCGCUUCACUCUGGCCCUUAACACCCUGUGUCUUUUGACAAGCUCAUGGGGUUUUUUUCGGGCUACCUCUGUGAUUUUACCUCCAUGUUUGAGUAAGGCUGGUCACAAGCAAUUUUUGACUAUUAUAUCUAUUAUCGCCACAAUCAUUAAUAAUGCAAUUAAUAUUAGUAAUUAUUUUAUUCAAAAUAACUCCGGAAGUAGUCCGCAAUUCAAGGCGAAGGCUGACUUUGUUAGUAGGCACAUCACUUUACCUGUUUCUUUGGUAUUGGAGUCUAUUGUGACAACCGUUUAUUGGCCGCUAAGACUAUUCUUUGUCAGUUUAAUUAUGCAUGGUGUUGAUUCUACUGCGAAGGCACCUUUUCCCAUUACAGUGGAUAUGGCAAUCCACUUGUACCCGAUUUUAUAUUUACUGGCAGAUCACUACUUAUCCGGUUCUGGUUUAAGGUUUAAACUAUCGAACAAGGUGGCAUGGCUUAUUGUGACCAGUCUAGCGUUCUCAUAUUUUCAGUAUUUAGCAUUCCUGAUAGAUGCGAAGCGAGGUCAGGCCUAUCCAUAUCCAUUCCUAGACUUAGAGGAACCGUAUAAAUCGAUAAUCUUUGCUGUCGUUUCCAUUGUUACAUGGGGUUAUUAUGUUCUUUAUCAAAAUUUUCCGCCUAAGAACAUCAAGAAGCAAACGGAUAAAGGAUAUAAGAGUUGA